AGCGGCACUGCGGUAGCAGCAUCGCGCGGCAAGCUCACCUCAUCCCUCUUUCACCCCACCUCUGCAAUUGCAAGCAAAGCUCCGGCCUCCGGAUCAGGAUCACACUGACCACCGCGAGCGCGUGCCGGCGUCCAGUGGUUACGUCGAGGGAGCCUAGGCUAGCGAGGAACAAGCAGCCACCAGCCCGCCACGAUGCUCGUGAGGAGCGCCUCCACGCCGGUCCUCGGCGCGCUGCACCCUUCCGGCUGCCACUCGCCGGCGGUCUCCUCCCCGGCCGUGCACUUCGCCGAGUCGCCGGCGUCGGCCGCCUACCACGCGCCGCCCAUCUCCUGCCACCUGGGCGGGCCCGGGUCCGGGUCCGACCACGAGCGCUCGCGCAGCCGCGGCGCCGGCGCCGGCAUGCGCCGCACGUGCUCCGAGGACAACCUCGCGUCUCUGGCCGGCGGCCGCGCGGACGACCACGACCACCACCACCUUCUCCUCCCGCCGUCCGGCAAGGGCGCGCCACGGGCGCGGCCGGUGCCGCUCGAGACCAUCCAGUCGUUCAGGGGCCCGCAUGCGUCCACCGACGACGAAGAGGAGGAAGACGACGACGACGAAGACGCGUACGAGGUGGAGCGGGAGCUGCGCUUCGGCCAGUUCAGCUUUGCCGGCGGCGCCUACUCGCAGGAGCACCCGCUGUUCCUGGCCAGGGGCCUCGGCAUCGACCGCCUCGGCUCGGGCCUCCUCAGCGCCGACGGCGGCGGCGGGUUCGGCGGCAGCGACGGCAGCGGGAGCGGCGGCGGCGGCGGGAAUUUGGUGACGUCGGGGAACGGAGGGGACCGCUCCGGCAUCGAGACGCACUACAAGAAGAUGAUCGAGGAGGACCCCUGCAACGGCCUCUUUCUCAGGAACUACGCACAGUUCCUGUACCAGGUGAAAGGGGACUACAGGAGGGCAGACGAGUACUACUCCCGCGCGAUCCUCGCCGACCCCGACGACGGCGAGCUCCUGUCGGAGUACGCCAAGCUGGUCUGGGAGGUGCACCGCGACGAGGACCGCGCCUCCAGCUACUUCGAGCGGGCGGCCAAGGCGUCCCCGCAGAACAGCCACGUGCUCGCCGCGCACGCCGCGUUCCUGUGGGACACGGACGACGAGGAGGGCGGCGCCGACGCGCUCAGCUACGCGGCCUUCGCUCAGCCGGCGCACUCGUCUCUGGCUUCGGCGACGGCAACAACCUGAACUCUCUCGCCAUCUCACGAGUCUCGAGAGCGGUUCCUCCGCAGUCGAAAUGGAGCGUGACAGUGGCCUCUGCUCGUCUCUGUCUGUAGUAGCAUACCAAUAAUACUACUCGCGAACUCUCUUUCUGAGCAAA